AUGUCGUGUCGCAUUGCAAUCUCGCGAUGUGAGCUCUUUGAGUUGGCUUCUCCUUUGCCUACUUGGGGUGUGUCGUCAAGGGGUCUCCAAGCCAACGCCACAACAAAAAAUAACUUCAUCCUGUGGAUCGUAUCCAGGCAUGCACCUCGCGGCCGCUCGUCCAAUACGACAUCAUACAUCCAGUUCUUGAAAGCCCUCCAACAACCGUCGAACAGACCUUGCUACCAGGAACACCAACACCGUCGCAUCCUCGCCACCCGAAGCAGCAUGGCCAUCAUACACUGCCCCCGCUGCCCCGCUACCUUCGCCACCAACCACGACCGCGCAAGACAAAUCCUCAACACCCAUGAUGAAUACCUCUGCUGGUUUUACCCCGGUUGCUUCACUCUCUCCAUGUCCGAGCAAGAACUGAAGCUACACGUUUCUACCGUGCAUUUCAACGUGCCGGACGCCAGCCAGAAAUUCCUCAUCAUGCAGGAGGACAACAUGAAGGAGCACGACGAGCAAGAAAUGCUUGCACGGGAGGCUAAGAGGCAGCGGAAGAGGGAGCAAAGAGAGGAGAGUAAGAUCAGGCGAGAGGAUGAGGUCGACCUGCUUGCGCCACCACCCUCUGCGACUAAGCGGGCUGCCCUUUCACCAAAGUACGUCGUCGAAGAUGAAGACAUGUUUGACGACAAGGGCACAACGCCAGGAGGAAGCUCGGAGCCAACGACACACUUGCCGCCACAGCAACAGGGAACACAGAGGAAAGGCGAUCCGUGGGGCCUCAGGGGCGUCUUCUACCAGAAGCCCAUCAAUCCGUACCUCCAGCGGAAAGUUUAG